AUGAGUGUUGUGACAGAUUCUCCAGCAUAUUCAUCCAGCAUUGAUGAUUUCAUUGCAUUUCUUGAUGCUGCACUAGAUGCAAAUUCACCCAAUGCAUCGUCAGAUAAAGAAGAUGGAAACCAAGAUGAGUUUGAGAGUGUCAGAAUUAAAAGACGUAAAUUUGAAAGCAUUGAGGAAACUGAGGGGUCUGCUUCAGAAGGAACCAAGGAACGUAAUUUAGAGGCAUCCUUGGAGGUAGAUGUAUGUACACAUCCUGCCUCAUUUGAACUUGCUGACUCAUUUGAAACAAUGUGUAUACAUUGUGGGCAAAAGCAAAAGUUGGAUGGGAAAUCUGGUGUGAAAUUUGGGUACAUACAUAAGGGACUGAGACUUAAGGAAGAAGAAAUUUCUAGAUUGCGCGAUAAAGACACGAAGAACUUGUUAUUGCAGAAAAAGCUUACCUUGGUUCUUGACCUAGAUCACACACUGCUAAAUUCUACUGAUCUUGUUCAUUUGAGGUCAGAAGAGUUCGAUUUACUUCCCCAGACAGAUUCUCUAGAAGAUGUGUCCAAAGGUAGCCUCUUCAAAUUGGAGCAUAUGCGCAUGAUGACCAAGUUGAGGCCCUUUGUCCGCACAUUUCUAAAAGAAGCAAAUGAGAUUUUUGAUAUGUACAUAUACACCAUGGGUGAUCAGCCCUAUGCAUUAGAGAUGGCCAAGCUGCUUGAUCCUCAAGCAGAAUACUUCUAUGAGAAGGUGAUUUCUCGAGAUGAUGGGACUCAAAAGGAUAAGAAGGGUCUUGAUGUUGUGUUGGUGGAAAAAAGUGCUAUCCUAAUUCUUGAUGAUACAGAACACGCAUGGAAGGAGGAGGAUAAAGAGAAUCUGAUACUGAUGGAAAGAUACCAUUUUUUUCCUUCAAGUUGUCAGCAGUUUGGUUUAAAUUGCAAAUCUCUUGCUGAAUUGAAGAGCGAUGAAGAUGAAACUGAUGGACCACUCUCCAAAAUUCUCAAAGUGCUGAAGCAAGUCCAUUGCACAUUCUUUGAUAAACUUCAAGAUGAUCUUGUUGGUCCAGAUGUGAGGAAGGUAGUUCGAAGUGAAGUCUUAAAUGGUUGUGUGAUAGUUUUCAGCCGUAUCUUGCAUGGUGCAUUACCAACUCUCCGGAAGAUGGCAGAGCAAAUGGGAGCCACUUGUGUGACAGAACUUGAACCCUCUGUGACACAUGUAGUUGCUACUGAUACUGGAACUGAGAAGUCACGGUGGGCGGUGAAAGAAAACAAGUUUUUGGUUCAUCCUAGAUGGAUAAAAGCUGCAAAUUAUUUUUGGCAAAAGCAGCCUGAGGAGAACUUCUUUCUAAAAAAAAAAAAGUAG